CGGCGUUGGUAGUGGUGGCGGUAGUAGUGGCGCCGGUGUCAGUGGAAGUGGCGGCAGUGGUAGUGGCAGCGGCAGCAGCAGCUCACGCCGUGGGCUUUCCAGCAAACAACCACUCUGGCGUCCGAAUCGUGAACCUCGCAAAACGCUCAACUACGAUGCACGACCUUAUCGGCCGACAGUGGAACUGAAUGCUGCUGCCGCCGCCGCAGCAGCAGCAGCAGCGGCGGCAUCGGGCUCGUCGGCAGGAGUUGGUACCUCGGCCGGUAGUUCAUCGGGCGCCGGUGGUAAUAACAGUCCACCCUUCCUUCAUGUACCCGAUGGACAGUUCGCGCAUCAUCAGCAGCUCGGCGAGCGGCUCUAUCCGAAGGUGCACCAACAGAAUCCGACCAAUGCGGCCAAGAUCACGGGCAUGCUGUUGGAACUGCCACCGACGCAGAUCCUACUACUGCUCGCCUCCGACGACAAUUUGCGCCAGAAGAUUGGUGAAGCGCUCGAAAUCAUUCUCCACCGGCAGCGCAUGGAGAUGGAAAGUCUCACGAAUGGUGCGCAAUCAUCCGCGUCAUCCGCUUCUGGGUCCGUCGCCACCGGUAUCACUGUUAGCGGCGUUAACAACGCGAAUGUUGCUGGCGGUGUACCAGGUCCAUCUUCUUCUGCUUCUCUGCUCAGCGGUGCAGGUGGUAGUAAUAGCGCUACCGAUGCAAACAACAUCGCUGGAGCAACAGGGACAGUGGGCGCUUCGCUUUCGAAAAAGACCACACCGACCGGCAGUGGCUCGAUGCUGAUCCUGGACGACUAUCAGCUGGACGCACCCCUUUUCUACACGCCUGGCAAGCGUGGUUUCUACAGCCCCCGACAGGGUUAUCCGUCGAGCGAACGAAUCAAUGCAUUCCGCAACGUCGGAAGAUUGAUCGGAUUGUGUUUGCUUCAAAACGAGCUAUUUCCACUGUUCCUGCAACGUCACGUACUGAAGUUCAUUCUGCGGCGACCAAUCCGUUUCCACGAUCUAGCGUUCUUCGAUCCGGUCGUGUACGAAUCGCUGCGGCAGAUUAUCAAAGACUCGCAGACGAAGGUCGGCAUCAGUGUGCUGCAGAGCUUGGAGAUCAACUUUGUGAUUGAUCUGAUGCCGGAGGAAGGUUCCGGUACGGCCGAGCUGGUUCCCGGUGGUCGUGAUAUUCAGGUGAACGAAAGCAACGUCUACGAUUACGUGCGCAAGUAUGCCGAGUAUCGGAUGAUCAAAACGCAAAAGAAGGCUCUCGAGGCCAUCCGUUCCGGUGUAUUUGAUGUGUUACCGGAUACGGCGCUCGAUCAGCUGACGGCUGAGGAUUUGCGCCUACUGCUGAACGGUGUUGGUGACAUUCACGUCGGUACGCUCAUCUCCUACACGACGUUCAACGAUGAGUCGAACGAGACGAGCGACAAGCUGAUCAAGUUCAAGCGCUGGCUCUGGAGCGUGGUGGAAAAAAUGAGUAUCCAGGAACGCCAGGAUUUGGUUUACUUCUGGACUGGUUCACCCGCACUGCCCGCUUCCGAGGAAGGCUUCCAACCGAUGCCUUCGGUCACGAUCCGACCGGUGGACGAUGCACAUUUGCCUACGGCCAAUACGUGCAUCUCGCGGCUCUACAUCCCGCUCUAUUCCAGCCGGGCCGUCCUGCGCCACAAGUUGCUGCUGGCGAUUAAAACGAAAAACUUUGGCUUUGUUUAAAUAAGGUACCAGUACCGUGUUUUGUGUUGGCAAAUUUCCCCUCUGCCGCCGCGGGAGGGUUGCCUGCUUUUCGGUUUUCUCGUGAAACCCGAUCCCCGGGAUCCGGUAUAUCCAGUCAUAAAUAGCGAAUCGAUACGUUGGAAUAGGAAUACAUUAUUAGUAGUUUUUCUCUCCUUUUAAUUUCGCGAAUAUUUUCUUCGAGAAAUUUUGAUCAAACGUACAUGCUCCUACCAAGUAGUUUGUGAAGACAAACGAUCCACGAUCCGGGCAGGGGAAGAAUGUUAAUUUAGGUGAUACUAGUUUAGAGAGCAAAAGGCAUAAUGGAAAUGUUUGCCGUAGAGCAAAUUAAAAUCAGAGGCCGAUUGGUUGAGGGUGGUUUGCAGUGGGAAUUCUGAGCGCCUAGAGAGCGCUUCGUCGAGUAGCGUUAAGGGCGGGAAGGCAAACUUGAAUUGAAAUAUGCAGCUUGGAAAAUAUCGUGUUCAUCACCUACGGCGAGACGCAACCAAUUCACAAGAAAUCUACCUUUGUCUAGGAUUUGUUUGUGUGUUUUCGGUUGCUUUAGCGUGACUUCACACUGAUCGGUACGAUUUACACGAAAUGCAGCGCGUACAUGAUUGAGCGCUGUACCGUAGCCGUAGUUUAUUUCCUUUUAUUUUAGUUGCAAAAGUAGAACAUGUAACAUGAAAAGCAUAAAAAUAAUGCCCGCGAUUCGCCCUCUCCCUUCCUCAUAUUCUCGUAAGGUAUGUAACGUGUAUGUAGAGUAUCGCGUGGAGCCAAACGUUCUCAUUCAGUGGUAGAAGCAGCAGCCAGCAACACUUCAUGCAGCAUGGGCGUACAUCUAUGCGAGGAGUAAGUGUAAGCUGACUAAGAACGUGAACGAAUACAUAAUAAGGAUAGCACACGAUGAUCAGUAGAAUUGGAAAUUUUAGGGCAUAGCAAAGAUAAAGAGAGAAAGAGAGAGAGAGAGAAGAAGAAAGUGGAGUUUAAGUGAAAAACAUACUGAACCACUGCAUAGCUAUGAAGCAAAUAAAGGGGAAAAAACAAGUUUACAUACUACACUCCUAGGGUACACCUAUACAUAGCAUGCAAAUAUUAUAACAAAACAAAACGAUAUCUAUAAAUAUAAACAUAUAUUUAUGAUC